CUUUUCGAAAUUUCUAAGACUCAAUAUCCUCUGACCCUAAUAGCGACCACCAACUGAGAAGCCGCAGGCGUUAUUCCAUGAGUGAAAGCCCUCGAAAACACCGCGGUCCCUUCCGCCCGCUCAAUACACUGUCCUCCCCGCAAAAGCCUUCUUUCCAGGGCCCCUCAAACCCCCGCCCGACAACAACACAACCGAAGACGUCCAAGACACCUACCGUAAUCAACCUUAUAGACUCAGAAGAAGAUUCGAGCUUUCUAGCUAGCGAAGACUCAUACGCCUCCUCUUCGCUCGCUGGCGACCGAACGGAAACAGACGUGCUAGGAAAUUCGAGUUCCUUGUUCGACGACCGCGAGAGCAUUGCAUCUUCGCCCCUUAGAUCCUCGCCUCCUCGCCGAUACGAAACAGUACCUACCGGUUCGAGAAGAAUGGUUCGAGAACGAGAGCAGGCCCCUCCGGCUCCACCAGCCGCUGCGGCACCGGGUCUGAAGGCACUCAAGGACAACACCCCAGAAUUUGGCAAAGCAAGUCCGCUCAGGAAUCCACUGAGCAAGGACCCAAAGAGAGACCCAUAUGCGCAUCUUUUCAAUGUGCCGAAGCCUGGAAAGUCAAGGCCAGAGCACCAUCGCGAGCAACAGCGUACUGCCCCGCCAGCUUUCAACUUGGGUAACAAUGCAACGGGGACGGGAAGAACUUCGGUGCCCUCACGCCCAGGGACAAGCUCUUCAACCGCUUCUGAUAUAGUCGAGAUUCCGGCUCGUCAAUUCCAGCAACGCCAGCCUUAUCAGGGAGUCCCUGUCCACAAGCCCACAGCCUAUCAGGCGCCGACUAUACAGCCCGCUGCACGUCCCAUGUUCUCUUCUAUGGGCCAUGAUACUAGCUUCCAACCCGUAAAUCCCAUAAACCCCCUACAUUCCCAUGGAUCUCGCCAGACGGUGAUACUGGAUGACGAUAAUUUCGAUCCUGACGCAGCAAUACGUUCGGAAGGGUACCGCUUUGGCGCUCCCGACCUGGAUGCGUAUGUUGAUCAAGCCAAAGCCAGCGACAACAUAAAGGCUCUCCUCGAAGGGGCUUUCGAUGAUGACGAAGAAGCAAAACUUCCACGCACCCGAGGGCGCAAGAAGAAACAGCAACAGAAGGAACAAGAUGAUAUCGCGACUUCACUUGCCGCAAGAUUACAGGCUCUCGAUGUGAAAGAGAAGAAUCCAGAGCCAGAAGUGGAGCCGGAAGAGGAUGAAGAUGAGGAGGAUGAUGGUAGCGUAGAGGGCAUGAAGGUGAAGCUUCUACCACAUCAGGUCGAUGGUGUGUCCUGGAUGAUCGAAAAAGAGACUGGCAUGCAUAACAAAAGGGCAAAACUCCCCAAAGGAGGUAUCCUUGCCGAUGAUAUGGGUCUUGGAAAGACGAUCCAGUCUAUUGCUCUGAUUCUAUCAAACCCUAGACCACCUAAGGAUGUUGAACCUGAGAACAAGAAAAACAAGAUCCUUCCUACUGUCGGCAAAGGAACACUAAUUGUGGCUCCUCUUGCUCUUAUCAAGCAAUGGGAGGCAGAGAUUGGAGACAAGGUGCUCAAAUCCCAUAGUCUCAAGGUUCUAGUCCAUCAUGGCCCCAAUCGUACGAAAUCGGCGGAAAAGCUGAAGGGUUACGAUGUCGUGGUGACUACUUACCAAGUGUUGGCAUCUGAGCAUGCAGCUGGUGGAGAGGGGGCCGACUCCCUCCAGAAGGGCUGUUUCGCAGUUCACUGGUACCGAAUAAUUCUUGAUGAGGCACACACUAUCAAGAAUCGGAACGCCAAAAUGACAAAGGCAUGUUACGGUGUGCGAUCACACUAUCGCUGGUGCCUAACAGGUACACCGAUGCAAAACAACCUCGAUGAACUCCAGAGCUUGAUCAAGUUCUUACGCAUUCAACCGUACUGCGAAAUGGCGAAUUGGAAAGACUCGAUCACAGGUCCUAUGAAGAACAAUCGUGGAAAUCUUGCCAUGAGGCGUCUACAGAUCUUCCUCAAGGCGUUCAUGAAGAGGCGGACGAAGGAAGUUCUCAAGAAGGAAGGUGCUCUCAACUUCGGUGGAAAGAGCAAAGAUGGCGAAAACAAAGGCGGUUUCCAGAUUGUUGCGCGUAACGUGGAGACUGUCAUUGGCUCGUUCACUGCCAAAGAAAGAGAAUUCUACGAACGUUUGUCCAAUCGCGCCGAAUCCCGGCUUGCAGAGAUGAUGGGAGGAGAAAAGCAGGAUUACAUUGGAGCUCUCGUUCUGCUGCUUAGAUUGCGACAAGCUUGCAAUCAUCCCAAUCUGACGAGAAGCAACGUGAAGGACGACAAGGAUGCUUUGACAACAGGCUCAAAGCCUCAGUCGGGCCCUCAGACCCCUCGGAAAUCGCGAGAAACAGAUGACGACGAUCUCGCUGCCUUGAUGGGAGGAUUGAGCGUACAGACCAAGCGCUGUGAUGUUUGUCAGACCACACUCAACAAGAACAACGCGACGUCCGGGGGAAUCCGGUGCGAUGAGUGUGAGAAUGAUCUGAAUGAGUCCAGCAAGAAGUCGAAGAAACAUAAGAAACGCAACAAGCACAAGCAUCGCAAACAUAAAAAGCAGAAUUCAGAAGCCAACGGAGCGUCGGAUUCAGAUGAUGAAGAGCCGGUCAAGACUAAGCCCGCAAAAUCAUCAAGGCAGCGCCCAGUAAUCCAAGAUAGCGAUGACGAAGAAGAGGGCGAAUGGCUAGUGCCGGAAGACCAACGAGAUGCCAACCUAGGAAAGGCUGGUGGAACGGAUGAUGAAGAUGCAGAUGGUGGAGGGGAUACUCUCGGAUCUGUUGAUUCUGACUCGUUUGCGUCUGCAGACGAUGGCACACCUUCGAAAAAGAAGGAUGAUUCGUUCAUUGUCCACGAUACUGACAGCGAAGACGAAGCUCCGCCAGCCCAGAGAAGAUUGUUCAGCAAGAAGAAGAAAGUCUACAAUAUCGCUUCUGAUGACGACUCUGAAUCAGAAAGCGAUUCCGAGACCGAAGGUUCCGACUCCGAGUCAGAAUCAGAAGACACAGAGACUGGGCAAUCGGAUAUUGAGUACAACGCGUCUGAUAUCACUCCGUCAACUAAGAUUCGACAACUUCUGUCCAUCCUAGAGAAAGACACUCCCGAACAUAAAGUCAUCGUGUUUUCCCAGUUCACGUCGAUGCUCGACCUCAUCGAACCCUUCCUUCGUCGAAAUGGCUACAACUUCACUCGUUACGAUGGCAGUAUGCGCAACGACCUCCGAGAAGCCAGCUUGCACAAGCUACGAAACGACAAGCGCACUCGCGUCCUCCUCUGCAGUCUGAAAUGUGGUAGUCUGGGUUUGAACUUGACAGCUGCCAGUCGAGUUGUCAUCAUGGAACCUUUCUGGAAUCCGUUCGUCGAAGAGCAAGCCAUCGACCGAGUCCAUCGUCUAAACCAAACCGUGGACGUGACGGUCUAUCGUCUCUCAAUCCACAACUCAGUUGAAGAGCGCAUCCUCGAGCUGCAAGAAGCCAAGCGAAAGCUCGCCGAAGCCGCCAUAGAAGGCGGUAAGGCGAUCGGCAAGCUCAGCAUGAAGGACAUCCUCGCCCUCUUCAAGCGCGACGCCGAGUACGACCAUCAGAACGUCGAUGACGGCAGCGAAGCUAACAUCUUCGCCCGGACAAGGGUUCUCGAUAACAUGGUCAACUCAUCCGGCUAUGGGGAAGACAGUCAAACUUACGAGUCUACGGCUCCCAGGAGAAAGGCGGGGAGUCUGGGAUUGAAGCCGAAGAGGCAAGAGGAUAGCGUCUGGGGUAGGCGUUAAGAGGGAUGUCAGCCUCCUGUUCACGCUUCAUUUUGGUAACGCUUCAUUUUGGUAGUGCUAGAUUUCUAAGACUCAUGUCUGUACUUGGGUGUUUUUAUGAUGAAUGAGCUGGAUGUCCAUGUGCGAUGCGAUCACGAUCACUAUGUGUAGAACUUGGGAGUUAUGGCGUCGUUAAGAGGACAAGAAGGAGGCCAACAUCAUUUUAAU